AUGCCGGCGCGCAAUAUACUUUCCGCGGAAUCCGCGGAGCAUCAAUUCGGCCGUUCUUUCAGCUCCAGAUUGUCCUAUGGAACUUCGCCCGUGGCAGAAGCUGCAAUCUCCCGAGAUCUUGCAAACUAUUACGAAGAUGAUUCCUUUGCCACCGAUACCUCAGGAUCCUCAACCGUGCGCCCAUCUAGUAGUCAUGCCGGGACAAAUCCGCACUCGCUGGCCGGGUCUUAUCGCCGGCCGAGUUAUUUCACUACCGUCAAUCACACCACAACCAUUCCGGCCCAAGGCGAUUACCAGCCCUUGACCCAAAGCGAACGUGAGCAGGCCAUUCAGGAGGAACACGCCUUAUUAGGCGACAACAAUGUAAUUCCGAUCGCGCAGAAGCGUCGGCUGUCGCAUAAACUGAGCAGUCUUUUCUCCACCUCUCCGGGGCAAAUACACACAAGUUCAUCUAAUCCAUAUGGCUCCGUUCGGAUCACAUCGGCACGUGGAGACACGAGUGCAGCGCAGGAUCCUACCGAGGCCACCGCCUUGUUGGGAUCCUCUGGGGAAAAUGAGAUGGGACCGGAGGAGAUUGAUCGGAAGUGGGAGGAAGCAGUGAUGGCAGGUCUAAUAAACACCACGUGGAAACGGGAAACGGAAGUCAUCGCCCGAUACUCCCUGCCGCUGAUGGUCACCUUCUUACUGCAAUAUUCAUUGACAGUCGCCAGUAUCUUCACGAUUGGUCAUCUGGGCAAGGAAGAGUUGGGUGCUGUCAGUCUGGCGAGUAUGACGGUAAGCAUCACUGGAAAUGCGGUAUUUUCUGGGCUCGCAACAAGCUUGGAUACCCUCUGUGCCCAGGCGUAUGGAUCUGGCAAGCGGAAGUUGGUGGGUCUGCAGAUGAUGCGAAUGGUGUAUUUCUUGUGGGUUAUAACCAUCCCAAUUGCCGUGCUUUGGUACUUUUCGGAGCAUAUUCUUGCGAAGAUUGUCCCAGAGCCAGAAGUUGCCAAGAUGGCUGGUCUGUAUUUGAAGAUUGCACUUCUCGGUACGCCUGGAUACGCUUGUUUUGAGAGCGGAAAGCGAUACCUGCAGGCCCAGGGUGUCUUCUCGGCUUCUCUUUAUGUGCUGAUUGUUUGCGCGCCUUUAAAUGCUUUUAUGAACUGGUUCUUUGUUUGGAAAUUACAAUGGGGUUUUAUCGGUGCGCCGAUUGCAGUCGCUAUCACAGAGACUCUCCUCCCUAUUGGCCUGUUCAUUUACGCUUAUUUCGCGGUUGGCAGCGAGUGUUGGUGCGGCUUCACAAAACGAGCCUUUCAAAAUUGGGGCCCUAUGAUCCGUCUCGCUCUACCGGGUUUGAUCAUGGUGGAAGCCGAGUGUCUUGCCUUUGAGGUCCUCACCUUGGCAUCAAGCUACCUCGGCACUACCGAGUUGGCAGCACAGUCCAUCUUGUCCACCAUUUCGAGUAUUACAUGGCAGAUUCCCUUCCCCCUCUCUAUCGCCGGUAGUACGCGGAUUGCAAACCUGAUCGGUGCCUCGCUGGUCGGUCCUGCGAAGACAACGGCCAAGGUGAGCUUCUGUGGAGCUACUAUCGUUGGCCUAUUCAAUAUGGUUCUGCUCUCCAGUUUACGCUCCUAUAUCCCCAGGCUUUUUAGUUCUGACGACGAGGUCGUCGAACUAGUGGCGCAGGUUCUUCCUCUGUGCGCGGCGUUCCAGCUCUUUGAUGCACUGGCUGCCAACUGUAAUGGUAUCCUUCGUGGGCUGGGCCGCCAGGAGAUUGGCGGAUAUAUUCAACUUGUCUGUUACUACGCGAUCGCUAUGCCCAUCAGUAUGGGGACAACCUUUUGGCUGGACUGGGGGGUCAUGGGUCUCUGGACCGGUGUAGCGUUGGCUCUCUUGCUUGUGUCUGCGAUUGAAGCCAUUUUUAUUACUCGCAUCAGCUGGGAGCAUUCAGUUGAAGAGGCUCAACUGCGGAAUGAGCUAACCUAG